AGUAAUGUCACAACAUUUUCAUUUAGCAUGGUUUAAUAAUAUUUUGAAUUGAUAUUUAAGUUGAAAAGGACAGAAUUGGCAAAUAAAUAGAAUUAAACUGAAGUUGCUAUUAGAGGAUUCUAACUGAACUUGUUUUGCUUCCCCCCUCUCCCCCCACUUUCCUAUAUACAGAGACCUAAAGGACAGGGAAAUAAAGUUUCAGUACAAAACGGUUCGAUUCAUCAAAAGGAUGCAGUAAAUGAUGAUGAUUUUGAGCCAUAUCUAAGUAGUCAGACAAAUCAGAGUAACAGCUAUCCACCAAUGUCAGACCCAUAUAUGCCUAGCUAUUAUGCUCCAUCCAUUGGAUUUCCAUACUCUUUAGGUGAAGCAGCAUGGUCAACUGCAGGUGACCCUCCAAUGCCAUAUUUGACAACUUAUGGACAGAUGAGCAAUGGUGAACACCACUACAUACCUGAUGGUGUCUUUAGUCAACCUGGGGCAUUAGGAAAUACCCCUCCAUUUCUUGGGCAGCAUGGAUUUAAUUUUUUUCCUGGGAAUGCAGACUUCUCUACAUGGGGUACAAGUGGAUCUCAGGGACAAUCAACACAAAGCUCUGCUUACAGCAGCAGCUAUGGCUAUCCACCUAGUUCUCUUGGGAGAGCCAUAGCAGAUGGACAGGCUGGAUUUGGCAGUGACACUCUGAGCAAGGUGCCUGGGAUUAGCAGCAUUGAGCAAGGCAUGACUGGACUGAAAAUUGGUGGAGAUAUGACGGCUGCUGUAACUAAAACAGUAGGUUCAGCUCUGAGCAGUACAGGUAUGACAAGCAUUGCAGCUAACAGCGUGCCCCCAGUUAGCAGUUCAGCACCUAAACCAACCUCAUGGGCUGCAAUUGCAAGGAAACCUGCUAAACCUCAGCCGAAACUCAAGCCUAAAGGUAAUGUGGGCAUUGGGGGCCCUGCUGUACCGCCACCACCUAUAAAACACAACAUGAAUAUUGGAACUUGGGAUGACAAAGGGUCAGUGGUAAAAGCACCCCCAGCUCAACCAGUACUGCCUCCUCAGACUAUAAUCCAGCAGCCUCAGCCAUUAAUUCAACCACCACCACUGGUGCAAAGCCAACUGCCUCAACAGCAGCCUCAGCCACAGCAACCACAACAGCAACAAGGACCUCAGCAGCAGGCCCAGCCUCACCAGUUGCAGCAGCAACAGCUUCAAAACCGCUGGGUAGCUCCACGUAAUAGGGGUGUGGGCUUCAGCCAGAACAAUGGAGCUGGUAGUGAGAACUUUGGUUUAGGUGUUGUAUCCGUCAGCUCCUCACCUUCUGGUGUGGAAGUGCACCCAGUGCUGGAGAAACUAAAGGCCAUAAACAACUACAAUCCCAAAGACUUCGAUUGGAAUCUGAAGAAUGGACGUGUGUUUAUAAUCAAAAGUUAUUCAGAGGACGAUAUUCAUCGCUCCAUUAAGUACUCUAUCUGGUGUAGUACUGAGCAUGGGAAUAAGCGCUUGGAUGCUGCUUACCGGUCCCUGAAUGGAAAAGGCCCACUCUAUUUACUCUUCAGUGUGAAUGGCAGUGGACACUUUUGUGGAGUGGCUGAGAUGAAGUCUGUUGUGGACUACAAUGCAUAUGCUGGUGUCUGGUCUCAGGAUAAGUGGAAGGGGAAGUUUGAUGUCAAAUGGAUCUUUGUCAAAGACGUUCCCAAUAACCAACUGCGACAUAUUCGCUUGGAAAACAAUGACAACAAACCGGUUACCAAUUCGAGGGACACUCAAGAGGUACCCCUAGAAAAAGCCAAGCAAGUGCUUAAAAUAAUUGCUACUUUCAAGCAUACCACCUCAAUCUUUGAUGACUUUGCACAUUAUGAGAAGCGUCAAGAGGAGGAGGAAGCCAUGCGUAGGGAGAGAAAUAGAAACAAACAAUAACUAUAUGGAGAUGUCCUGCUAGAAUACAACACUAAUGAUGUAGACUCUGGAAAUGCCUAAUAUGUCUAAGAAGACGUUAUUAAAGCUUUUUUCUGCUUAAGGUGACAUCUUUGAACACUUUAACACGAAAUUGACUCUUCUUGUAAUGGUUCUCAUCAGUGCAUCUGCCCUUAUACUCUCUCACCAAACACACUUGAGAACUGUACCUUCGUCAAGCACUUUCUGUCCUGAAGCUUUUACCAGUAUCUGCUGUCUUUUGUAUUUAUGCAUCCUAGCUAAGGCACAGGAGACCGAACGAAUGCAAGGAUUCAUUAACUCUUUGAAUUUGUUAAAUACUAACAUUUAACCAUUAGAAGUGGUUCAAUGAUGUGAGAUUCACAUUGCUUCAACUUAAUUUUUUUCUUUGUUGUAGUUUUUUUAAUUGUCAGUUUUUAGCUAUUCAACAGAUUAAAAGCAAAUCAUGCCAUAUUUAGUCCUGGAGUAAAACUCAAGUCUAAAUGUUCAUGUGAAAAUUAUUGUAGUAAUCUUUUAAUAUGGCAAAGCAACUUUAAGCUGCAGUUUAGCCAAAUGAAUCGUAACAUGAAAUUAUAAUAGAAUGACAUUUCCCUUGUUUCAAACUGUUUGGUGUAAGAGAAUAUUAAUAUGCAGCUUGGUGGACACCACCAGUUAAUGCACAUUUCUUUAUUUUUUUUCUGUAACAUGUAUACUGAAAAAAAGUGCAUUUGUCUGAGGAACUGUUUGUUUGCUACCACUCAAUGAAUCUCAGUUUUGAGUAAAUGUACCUCAGUCUAAAUCAGACUUUUUAUGACCUUUAUAACUACAUUUAAAAUAAUCUUUAAUUCCUAUUUCUGGGUGUUUGCAAGCCUGACAGAUUGCUAUCAUGAAAGUGAAAAUUUACUCCUCUAGGUGAUUCACUAGCUAAAUAAACAUAAUUCUUGUUUAGCAAGCAUAUACUCUGUUUCUCAAAUUUUUUUGUUUCAUUGUGCCAACGUCGAGGUGUUUUUCCCCGCAUUCGAAAACAUUUUGAGAAAAAUACUUUGGUCUGUGGAGCUGACAUAUUCAUACCCAUGUUAAGAUGAUUUUUGUUAGAACCAUGCAAUACAAAUUUUAGAAUACAUAUUAAACAGGCCAGUUCUAUACUAGUUUUUAACCUCUAGAGAUUAUAUCUUCUGUUUCAGCUCAUAUAGCAACACAUUCUGUCUGCUGGAAGAGAAUAUUGAAAAACUGUUAAGCGGGUGUAUUGACUGUACAAAUUACUGAACAACCUGUACCAAACUCCAGGGAUAGCUUUCCCUUUUUAGAACAGCAAUGUAGAAGUCAGAUAUCUUACAGCUCAAAAUAGCAGUGGCACAUAUUAUUUGAACAUGUUUCAUGUCUUACUGUCCAACACAGAUGUUUAUAUUGUGUUUCAAGUCCUUCAUUGACAGAUUUUGGCAGUCAAAGUUCUGGAGCUUAAGUAGCAAAGGUUUGUUUUGAAUGCAGACGAUUUUGCUGACUUUUGCUUUCUCUCUUCUUAAGCCCUUUGCACUCUUACAGACAAGCAAACACAAGAAGUUCAAUGCACACUUCUUGCUCAUUAUUUUAAAUAUUGUUAGAGAGUGCAGAGUAGCAGAUACGAAUCUUAAUUUUUACUGCCAGUUAUCUGGAAGCUCAAAAGGGAAGCUACUCCUGUACUUUGGAGUAAAGAAGCAAUGUCACUUAAAUGUUAGAUGUGUAACAAAUAGCAAGUGGGAUAAGGGAGGGUUAAGCAAAGUGCAUAUUGUAAGAGGAGACUGAGAGACAAAGGUUUCAAGCCUUAAUCCCUAUGAAAUUUGGCUUCAGCCCAAAAAUUAAUGCUUCCAUGCAUAUCUGUUUCUUGCUAACAGGUUUUAUAGCUAUUUGUUUCCCUCUGUGGGCUGAUUUAUUCCAACUGUCAUUGAUCAGCUGAAGUGGCAAAGGUCAGUGUUGUGAGUCCAAGGAAUGUAGUUUGUCUGUGAUCCCUCAAGGUAUUCGCAUGUUUCUGACUCUGUUACAAAAAUAUCUUAGGAAAAUUCCCAGAAGUUUCCAGUUACCAGAAAGCUAAUGUUGGAGUCAAGCAUUCAGGAAUUGAUUGCAUGUGCAACCCUAGUUUGCUUUCACUGCAGUAUUCAUAUUUUUGCAGGCUUUGUUAGUAUUUCCUGCCUUACCCCAUGCCUUUUUUAUUCUAAUAGCAUGAGCAUUGCUCUUAUAAUGAAUCAGGUUUAGUAUCAAGUGGGUUCGUCACUCUGUUGCAGGCUUUGAAAGCUGGGAAGAUGAGACAGGAUUGUGAGAGAAGGAGGUGAUCACAUUUAGAGAGCUGUGACAGUUCUUGCACUGUUCCAGGAUUGUUAGCAAAUCUACAAAUAGAAGAGUUUGAUUGCUGAUGGUGUUAGUCAUGUUGCGACCGAUUUGCUGACUGCUGAGAGUUUAGUAUGUGCAGCUGAAACUAAAAGGAAUUUUAUGUGCAUAUAAAGUACUGUACAAAUAGUAUAUUACAUUGUAAAAUCAGCUGUGGAGUGCUGUAUUAGUUAAUGGACAUGUGAAGCUUCUAGCCUUCAGCUUCCUUGUGCACAAGUUCUUUUCCUCCAGAAAGAAAAGGAAUGGUGCUUAUUAUCUCAAAUAAAUGUAGAAAUGCCUUUUUUUGGUCUGAUUUUUCAAUAUGGUGAAGGUGUUAAAAUGAUUGCUUUCUAACUUGCUAAUGGAGGAAUCAGUGGAACCCCGUUUCUGUUCCUGAUGCCUCCUCCUUUGUGCCAGCUUUUGUUUUCCUGUGGUCCAAACUGAGCCAGUUGAAGCAGUUUUCUGUUGCUUUAAUGGCUGGCCAGUUCUCUGUGAUGUUAAAUGUGUAGAAGGGAGAUGGUGGGAGGGUAAGAAAGAUUUGUUCUUUCAGAAGCAGGUACCCACUGUUGCACUUAGCUGCACCACGUCUGGGGUUGGUGAGCCAGAGAUGUGGCAGAAUAUUUAAAAGUGGGAGAGGCUCCCCAGGGGAGGAAAAAUCAAACCAAUUCUUCCAGUGUAAGAUUUUGGUAGUGCACAAGUGAGAUACGAUGUUGUCACACAUUUAGUGAUAUGAGGAGGAAACACUGAAUAUUCUCCAUUUUGAUUUCUUCUUCCAGUCUGAGGAGGCCUAAGAAUUGUCCUGGAAAGUUGCUGUGGAAAAGUUUGUCCUACCAACACAGGUGGGACAAACUAAGAUUGUAAGAGUUUUGCUCACCUUUGAGUGUCUUUGACUUUUUAACAUCAGUAGUAGUUUUUUUGCUAUUUGACAGGAAUAAUUUCUGUCAACUGAACACCCGCAUUGCUGGCUUAAGGAAAACCUGAGCACUGCUUUAUUUUGAAGAACUUGGGUUGAGAGAAAGUCUAUAUUCACAAAUAGACAAAUUUCACUUCUUCAGUGAAAAUGCAACAAACAGGAGUCUACGACCUGUUGGAUGUCUUCUCCAAUCAAUUUACCUAUGCAUUUCAUAAUAAACUUGUUCUGCCACACUGCAGGCAGAGUGCAGAUGGGUGGGUCUUCACAUAUCUUCCUCCAGAAGUCUGUUCUUAGGUAAUGCUUAAGAGACAGUGGGUUUCCUGCUCCCAUCUAAGCAAGCAUUCCUUUCUGCUUUCCUACCCUUUCUGUGAAAACUCCACUGGCUUUGUCUGUCAGCUGUUUCCUUUGGAUGCCCAUAAAGGAAGCCUGGCUUUGGAUGCUGCUUUCACAAUCUGCAAAAAAGUUCCUUACUUACUUCCUUCUCUGGAGAGAGGGAUUCUUCUGACUGAGUUUAGCUUGUCCCAGUCUGCCUUGUUUGCCACAAUGUAAAUAGAGAAGUACUGAUUUUAUAACUGGAUUAAUUUGGUCUCCAAUGUGGUGUAUGCCAUUUUUAAAGUUACUUUUGCAGUAUUUUCAUUCAGAAGGUGGAAACAGAAGCAGCAUUUUAUUGGAAUUUAAGGACACAGUAAUUAAAAUACAAGGGUCCAUUUCUAAGUGUUCUUCUGAAUUUUAAUGCUGGUGAUAACCAAAGUGUUAACAGUGAGAGUUUAUAAGUUGUUUGCCUAUCGUGUGUGCUUUUGCACUUGUCAUAUUAAUACUGAGUUAACAUCCUUUGCCUGUAAAAUUAGUUUGUAACUCUUGAGAAACUUAAUUUUUUUUCUAAUGUUGCUUUGAACUUCAUCCACUCUGGGAUACCGUAACUUUUCAUCUGCCUGCCCAAGUUUAUAUGCAUCUUGAGAAUGAAGUGGAUGUUCAUGUAAAAUGAAACAAGAUACUCUAGACUGAUAAUUGUAUUUAAGUUGAGCUUAUGAACUUCCAAAUGCACAAGCAGUCUUGAUUUGUGCCCUCUUAUGUGAAGCAUUACACUUUCUACUUGAGCUCUGAAUUUACACAUCCUUUCUUUCCUGUGCUGCAAAUAUCUGAAAGAACCUCAGAUGUUAAAAAAAGAAAUCCUCCCUUUAUGCUUAGUCCAGGAAUAAAAAUUUCCAACCUAAGCAUUUGAGCAACUUAAAUGGAGGUUUAGCUUUAGUUUGAGCUAAGCUUUUACAUUUCAACAAAGGGAUGAGAUUAAAGGUUGUGGAUUAUUCAUUACCUACUAUAAUUGUAUAUCUAAUGUUAAAAAAUAAUAAAAAAAGCUGAAAUUUUAUUUUGCAAGCAUUAAUAGAUGCCGCUGCUGUUCAGUGUUGCCCAAGAAUCCUAUCGAUAUUUGCAUCAAUUCAGAUUAGCAGCUUUGCGAAAUAGGUGGUGAGAGAACUGGGAUUCUCUUCUUGAUAAAUAAAGAAUUGUUAAAUUGGUUAAAAUUCAGAUGUUUGCGAUGUGUUACUGGAAAACAUUGGAUGUUAAAUCUGUCCCUCUUAUGAUAGUUAUCUGGAAAACAUGAUUACUAAAUUCUUAGCAUAAUUUUUUGUUUUUAAACUUGAAUUAGCUGUCUGUUUGUUUUCAGCUGCUUAACUGAUUUGCAGCUCAGUUCUCAUGAGAUGCUUCACUGGGUCUUGUGAGUGUGGUGCUUCAUCAGAAAAAUGUGUGAAACUAUUUAAUUUCUUCAAGUUAAUGUAAUGUAAUUGCUAUUAACUUGAUCUGUGUUCCAUUCAACUUCAUAUUUGAUGAUAAUGCUUGGUCUUUCAGUUGUAUUGAUCUUUAAUUUCAAGAAUACCACAGGCAGAACAAUUCAGAGAACUUUUUUUUAGUUACUGAAAUUUAUGCUUACUUUAAAUGUUAAUAAAUAACUAUCAUUAUCUGC